AUGAAUCCAGAGACCCUUAGUCUGGUUUUGCUCUGUGCCUCUGCUGCCCCUCCCCACUAUUACAAUCACAAUUGGCUGGUUUUAUCAGCUAUUGCUCAAGCUCUAGGAGCAGCUUUUGCGUGGAUGAUUCGUUCAUUCCAUCCCGGUGCUGAGGACUACGGGAACAGGCUGGAGGUGGAGAAGCUGGAGCUAGAGGAAUUUCUGCUAGAGCUCGAAGAGGAGACGCUCCUCCCCGGGACCCCUCUGGAAACCUCCGGCAGUCAGGAGGAGGAGGUAGAUCCAAGCCUGCUCGAGGACGAUCCGGGGAACGGCGCUAUGGAGGACUCGGAGCUGGAUUUGGUCAAAAUCCGAGCAAAGGAGAUGGAAGAAGAGACCCAGAAAUUGAAGGAGCUUCAGAAGGAGGCGGAGAAACUGCUGAACAUGAACCGAGCCCCGGACAAUGCCGGCCCAGCGAGAGUGUCCAUCCAGCAGAAGAUGGAGGCUGACUCUCGAUCCAUCCAUGUGGGCAAUGUGGACUAUGGUGCCACGGUACAAGAGCUGGAGGAGCACUUCCAUGGCUGUGGGCCAGUCAAUCGAGUGACCAUCCUUUGUGACAAAUUCACUGGCCACCCUAAGGGGUUUGCGUACAUAGAAUUUUCCAAUAAAGACUCGGUGAAGGCGUCGAUGGCCUUGGACGAUUCUCUUUUCCGAGGAAGACAGAUCAAAGUGACACCCAAACGGACCAAUCUGCCCGGGAUCAGCACCACAAAUCGGGGUUUUCCACUUGCUCGAUAUCGUGCCAGGGCCACUAACUACGGUGGCCCACGCUCUCGAUUCUAUGGUGGCUUCAACAACAGAUCCCGGGGCCAAGUCUACAGGGGCCGGGCUAGAGCGACGUCAUCGUAUUUCCCUUACUGA